AUGGCAAAUCUUCCAGUAAGGUUUCAGAGAAUGAUUGAUGCAUUUGAUGCUGAUAUGGCACUUUCACGUGUGAAGCGCUGCUGCAGCGAGAGCAGCGGAAGCGAGCACUCGGCAGUGAGUUCACCUGAAUUGUCUGAUCUCGUGUUGUCUUUCAUGGAAGACAACGCGAGACCAGGAGAAGAAGAGAGUGAAAAAGAAAAAAUUGUGCGUGACGAAAAUUGUGAUGAGAAUGGUGAUGAAGAAGAUCUUGAAAAAAUUGAAAUGUUGAAGAAUUUGUUUGAUGGGAAUGAAGAUGUUGAAGAGGAUGAAAAGGGUGAUAAAGAAAAGAUUAGAAGAGAGGUUGAGAUUGCUAUUGGAGGACUUAUUGGAAGUGAUAAUUCAUUUCCUGGAUUCAAACGUUGGUUGAUGACUCAAUUAAGAGAAAAAGGUUUUGAUGCUGGACUAUGCAAAACCAAGUGGGAGAAAAAGGGAAAACUAACAGCCGGUGAUUAUGAGUACAUUGAUGUAAAUCUGUCAGGAAAACGCUAUAUAAUUGAAGUUUCUUUAUCUUCUGAAUUCGAAAUAGUUCGUCCAACAAAUCAAUAUUCUUCUUUACUAAAGAUUUUUCCAAUGAUUUAUGUUGGUAAAGUGGAAGAGUUCAAAAGAAUUGUGAGAUUAAUGAGCUCUGCAAUUAAAGGAUCAAUGAAAAAAAUGGAUCUACAUGUAGCACCGUGGAGGAGAAAUCUGUACAUGCAAACCAGGUGGUUUAGUUCUUACAAAAGAACAACAAAUGCAGUUGGAACUAGAAAAGAGUUGUCACAUUUUUCUGCUGAGACUUUUUUUCCUAAAAGGUUUAUGGGAUUUGAAGCAAUACAUGAUAAAGUACUAUAUAAUUGUAGGGAUGAUUACGUGGGGGUUAAUAAUGGGUUUAGAGUUGGCCACUUGACUGUUGCGUUAAAUUCGGAUGAUCUUGGAUUGUGA